UACUCAGCCGCUCGGGAGUGGUAAUUGAAAUAAUAUCAGACACUGAAAUGGUCUCUUUACGAGUGGUUCAUUAAUUAUUUAUAAACCUUAUAAUGUGAAAUUAUAAAUUAUCAAAAUGAUAAACCGAUCGCCUUUCUUCAACCAGAUUGUCAUAGUAUCGGGAAUUUUGAGCAUAAUUUUAAGUUGCGGCUUGAGUCUUGGUUAUAUGUCAUGUUUUCUUGAUCAAAAUGCUGGCAAUCAUCCGAUUCACAAUAAAAAUCUACAGAAAAGCAUCGAGAUCGCGGGAGAGAUAGUGUUUCUGCCCUCAAUUGUCAUUGUUCCCUUUGUCAUGCAAAAAAUGGGAAGAAAGAAAGCAAUCUAUGCGACCACAGUUCCUCUUCUACUCGGCUGGCUAAUAAGCUUCGACAAUAGAAAUUUUGGUAGCAUUAUAACUGUUAAUAUUCUCCAUAAUACAGCAUUAGGAGGAGCAGUCGCGACCAGUAGUGUUAUUAUAUCAGAAUACUGUGAUCCACACUAUAGGGGCAUAUUUUUAAUGUUGGAAACAGCUAUGAUGUCACUAGGUAUAUUAAUAAGUCAUAUUUCAGGAAUGCUCACAUGUUGGGAGUUUAUAUCAUCUAUAGGAGUUUCAACUUCAAUAGUAGCUUUGAUAGCAAAUUAUUUUUCUCCAGAAAGCCCUUAUUGGCUAACCUCUCAGGGGCAUAUAGUAAGGGCAACUGAAUGUUUUUACUUUUUGAGAGGAGCACAUGGGGAGGCACUUAACGAGUUAGAUGUUUUGCUUACAUCGCAAAAAAGAAAAUUGCAACUGAAAGCUUUGAAACCAAUACAAAGAUUGAAUUUCCGAGAGAAGAUAACAGAUUAUGUAAAAUUUUUAUUAAAAGCUGAUUUUCUCAAGCCUCUUUCCAUUAUGAUAUUGCUGUUCAGCUUUGUGGGUUUUAGUGGUGAAAAUUUCGUUUCGAAUUACUCGCUGAGACACGUUUUUAAUUUAACUAAUGGGAAGUACAUAGGGACCAUUAUUUUAGAUGUUAUGACCCUAAUAUGCUCUUUAACAGCUUGCAUAUUAAUUCAAAUUGUAAAAAGAAAGACAUUGUUUUUGUUCACGGGAUCAUUUUCUAUUAUUUUCUUAGCUAUGACAUCGAUUCUAUUGAUUUUACAAUCUUUUAAUAUAUUUUCUAAAGAUUAUCUUUGGUUGGUUUUAAGUUUUAUUACAGGUUUUGUUAUGUUCAUGUCUUUAGGUACAAGUGCUUUACCAUUUUCAAUUUUAGGAGAAAUCUUUCCAACUUCAUACAAAGGAAUUGGUAGUUCUUUGACAUGCGCUUAUCUCUGGGCAUUUGGCAACAGUUUAUUGAAAUGGAUUCCUAAUCUGACAACAUACAUUGGAUUACAUGGUAUAUUGUUGAUUACAAUAGUGUCGAUGUCUGCUAUGUUAUAUGUUAUAAGUAAAAUUAUGCCGGAAACAAGUAAUAAAAAUCUAUUGGAAAUCGAAGACUUACUGAAAAUAUCCAAUAAUGAGGUAGAAAAUGAUUUCGAAGAUAGCAACACUUUUGAUAACUUGAAACUUUUCAUAGAGGUCUGAAUAAUAGUAAAGAACAAGAUGACGUCUCAUAAUCAUACUCGUAAAUAUACUUAUUUAAAUAUAAACACCG